UUCAGUAAACGUCUGAAAGGGUCCAUCAAGAGGACAAAGAGUCAGUCGAAGCUGGACAGGAACACGAGUUUCCGUCUCCCAUCUCUCCGCAAUGCUGAUGACAGGCCAUGUGGGUUGCCAAAGCUGAAAGAGUCGCGUUCCCAUGAGUCCCUACUGAGCCCAGGCAGUGCCGUGGAGGCCCUGGAUCUUGGGUCAGAAGAAAAAGUCUUUGUCAAGCCACUGCACAGCAGUAUCCUCGGACAAGACUACUGCUUUGAGGUAACCUACUCCAGUGGCAGUAAAUGCUUCAGUUGUUCCUCUGCAGCAGAGAGGGACAAGUGGAUGGAAAACCUACGCCGAACAGUGCAGCCGAAUAAGGACAACUGCCGUCGAGCUGAAAAUGUGCUCCGUCUCUGGAUCAUUGAGGCAAAGGACCUGGCCCCCAAGAAGAAAUACUUCUGCGAGCUGUGCCUUGAUGACACUCUCUUUGCCCGCACCACCAGCAAAACGAAAGCGGAUAACAUCUUCUGGGGAGAGCACUUUGAGUUCUACAGCCUCCCACCUCUUCACAGCAUCACGGUGCACAUCUACAAGGAUGUGGAGAAGAAGAAGAAGAAGGACAAGAACAAUUACGUAGGCCUGGUCAACAUUCCCACGGCCAGCGUGACUGGUCGCCAGUUUGUGGAAAAAUGGUACCCCGUCAGCACCCCUACACCCAACAAAGGGAAAUCGGGGGGCCCUUCCAUUCGGAUCAAGUCCCGUUAUCAGACCAUCACCAUCUUGCCCAUGGAGCAAUACAAAGAAUUUGCAGAGUUUGUGACGAGCAACUACACGAUGCUGUGCUCUGUGCUGGAACCCGUCAUCAGCGUGAGGAAUAAGGAGGAGAUGGCUUGUGCGUUGGUGCACAUUCUUCAGAGCACUGGCAGAGCCAAGGACUUCUUGACAGAUUUAGUGAUGUCCGAGGUCGAUCGCUGUGGGGAGCAUGACGUCUUGAUCUUCAGGGAGAACACGCUUGCUACCAAAGCUAUUGAGGAAUACCUGAAGUUGGUGGGGCAGAAGUAUCUCCACGACGCACUAGGCGAGUUUAUCAAGGCUUUGUACGAGUCAGAUGAAAACUGUGAAGUAGAUCCCAGCAAAUGUUCAUCCAGUGAAUUGACAGAUCAUCAGAGCAACCUGAAAAUGUGCUGUGAGCUGGCCUUCUGCAAGAUUAUCAAUUCCUACUGCGUAUUCCCUCGUGAGCUGAAGGAGGUAUUUGCAUCUUGGAAGCAGCAGUGCCUGAGCAGGGGCAAGCAGGACAUCAGCGAACGCCUGAUCAGUGCCUCCCUCUUCCUCCGCUUCCUCUGCCCCGCCAUCAUGUCCCCCAGCCUCUUCAGCCUCAUGCAGGAGUAUCCUGACGACCGGACCUCUCGCACACUCACGCUCAUUGCUAAAGUCAUUCAGAAUCUCGCCAAUUUUGCUAAGUUUGGUAAUAAGGAAGAGUACAUGGCCUUCAUGAAUGACUUCUUGGAACACGAAUGGGGAGGAAUGAAGCGUUUUCUCCUGGAGAUCUCUAAUCCAGAUACCAUCUCAAACAUGCCUGGAUUUGAGGGCUACAUCGACCUGGGCAGAGAGCUCUCCGUUUUGCAUUCCCUCCUAUGGGAGGUUGUGUCCCAGCUUGAUAAGGCGACCGUGGCAAAACUGGGACCUCUUCCUCGUAUUCUUGCCGAUAUCACCAAAUCAAUGACCAACCCUACGCCGAUACAGCAGCAGCUGAGGCGUUUCACUGAGCACAGCUCUAGUCCAAACGUCAGUGGCAGUCUCUCCUCAGGGCUUCAGAAGAUAUUUGAGGACCCCACUGAUGGUGACAUGCAUAAGCUGAAGUCUCCAACCCAGGAAAACGUAGACGGAUAUUUUAGGGGCAAGACCUUACUGUUGGUUCAGCAAGCAUCCACCCAGAGCAUGACCUACUCGGAUAAGGAUGAACGGGAAAGCGUCUUACCCAAUGGACGCAGCGUCUCUCUCAUGGACCUUCAAGAUCCUCACACGGCUCACAGCGACCACGCUUCUGUUCUGCACGACGUGCCUUUGCGCCUGGCCGGCAGCCAGCUCUCCAUCACGCAGGUCGCCAGCAUCAAGCAGCUGUGGGACACUCAGAGCACGCCCCAGAGCGCUCCCCAGGUGAGGAGGCCCCUGCACCCGGCUCUGAACCAGCAGGGCAGCCUCCAGCCUCUGUCCUUCCAAAACCCCGUGUACCACCUCAACAACCCAACCCCGCCGAUGCCGAAGGCCUCCGUGGACUCCAGCCUGGAGAACCUGAGCACGGCCAGCUCCCGGAGCCGAAGCAACAGCGAAGACUUCAAACUCAGCGGCCCCAGCAACAGCAGCAUGGAGGACUUCACCAAGCGCAGCACGCAGAGCGAGGACUUCUCCCGGCGCCACACGGUCCCGGACAAGCACGUCCCCAUCGCGCUGCCCCGCCAGAACAGCAGCAGCCAAGCCCAGAUCCGCAAAAUGGACCAAACCGGGCUGGGCGCCAGGGCCAAGGCCCCGCAGUCCCUGCCGCACAGCGCUUCCUUGCGGAGCACGGGCAGCAUGUCUGCCGCGUCGGGGGCCGUGGGGACCGAGCCUGUUCAGAACGGGAGCCGGUCCCGGCAGCAGUCAUCAUCCUCAAGAGAGAGCCCUGUGCCGAAGGUGAGGGCAAUCCAGAGACAGCAAACGCAGCAGGUCCAGUCUCCUGUGGACUCUGCCACGAUGUCACCAGUGGAGAGGACAGCUGCCUGGGUUCUCAACAACGGGCAGUAUGAAGAAGUGGAGGAGGACGCAGACCAGAACGCAGAUGAAGUCAAGCAUGCUGAGAAGUAUGAGCAAGAGAUCGCGAAGCUGAAGGAGCGCCUGAAGGUGUCGAGCCGCCGGCUGGAGGAAUACGAGCGGCGGCUCCUGGUGCAGGAGCAGCAAAUGCAGAAGCUGCUGCUGGAGUACAAGUCUCGGCUGGAAGACAGCGAGGAGAGACUGCGCAGGCAGCAGGAGGAGAAGGACAGCCAGAUGAAAAGCAUCAUCAGCAGACUCAUGGCAGUUGAAGAGGAGCUGAAGAAGGAUCAUGCAGAGAUGCAAGCUGUCAUCGAUGCAAAGCAGAAAAUCAUCGAUGCACAG